AUUUUCUACUUCCUCCUCUCUACUUCCUACUACGUACCUGCCUACCUAGGUACUGGGGUGUUGAGAGCAAGGCCGCGGCACCUAACUAAUAUCCAGGGCACCUUCUCGCGCGAUAGCUUCAACUGCGAUUCACUCUCUUCCGAGCUCCUCGUCAACCUGUCGCCCGUUUCCAUCGCCGUCGCCAUCCAGACCGCCCGCUCUCCCCGUCACUGGUGCGUCCACUCUCACUUGGCAUUCACAUCGCUUCUGGGACUUCCGCCAUACAACGCGUUCCCUUUGCGAGUGCGCCUUCUGACUUCACAACACCAACGACACACACCUCUCUUUCUCCCGAGCUCCCCACGAUGUCAACGACGCCUUCACCCCCGACUUCGACAACAACCCCGCGCAAGCGUAGCUUUUCGGUUCAGGAUGGAGAGCCCAACAACAAGCGCCAGAAGACCGACGCACAAACGCCCGCAUCCGCCGCCGCCGCCGAUGAUGACGAGCCGCUACAGGCCUGCGCGACCAAGGUCACUAUUCCUUCUCUUGAUUACCAGGCCAAGAGUGGUCUCGAACGCAGUAUUGGACUGGCGCUGCAGCACGUCGGCUUUGAUGCCGCUACCCCCGAGGCCAUGGAGAGCUUCUUGGGGACUGUAGAGACCUACAUGGCCUCUUUCAUCGAAGAUCUCAAGCGCGUUUCUCUUUCCGCCCGCCGCGAGCAGCCGACACCCGCCGACUUCGAGUCUACGAUGCGACGCUUCACCCUCAAGACCAAGGCGCUCAAGCCUCAUAUCCGCCAUCCCGUGCCAAAAGCUAAACUCGAGACGGGCUACUUCAACCCGUUGAUCGAAGACCCAGACGCCUACACAACUUUGCCACUCCUCGGCGAAGAACUGAGCGGCAAGCCGGAAAAAGAAGCCAAGGCGUACAUUCCCAAAUCGUUCCCCGAUUUCCCCAGCAAGCACACCUACAAGUACACGCCCCAGGAGGACGACAGCGGGCGGGACCCACAGAAGACAAGAGAAGAAGCGGCCAAGGCAUCCAAGCAGGGAGAGGAGGCCCUCAGGGGUUUGGUACGGGCGGCAAAGGUUCGGAAGCAAAAGGAAAUCAGGUCGUUGUCGGAGCGUGAUCCAAUGACCAAAGAGCGCUACUCACUUUGGGCAGCCGCUAUGGAGGGCUUCGUCAAGCAGGAAGGCGGCGCAACAGAGCAGCUCGAGAUUGCCGAUCAUAGCAUGAUUGUCAACUCGGAUGCGCGGUAUCUGCGCAGGGAGGUACAGCGACAGAGCAAACGAGCCGCCGGUCAAGGGUAGUCGUUCGAUCACCUAGGCUGAACGCGAACCCGCGGUGCCCCGCCUGACGAGUUCAAGAGAUGAGUAAGGGAGAGAGCGAGUGAGAGAGCAAGCGACGGCCGUCAGGUCACAUUGGAAGAGACUUGUCAGGCGGGCAGGAGUGGCAAGGGAAAUGCCCAUGAUGAUGGGCAAAGGCUCUUUAUUCUUGAAAAACAGGACAUCCAUUCAGCAAGGCGUUGGGAGCUUCAAACCGCGGGUUGUGUAGGGACACUUUUUGGAGAGGACUUGCCGCUACUAUCACUUUUUUACCAUUAUGCAUUUUCGAAGCACAUCAUACAGCGGUCGCAGGGCUCAAGAAGCAGCAUGCUCAGGUUGGAUCUACGGGCAUUCCACCGAGACAGAGCCGGCCUGAGGGUACACAAUAACAGACUCAAUAUUUACAGCACCCAUACACGACUGGGAGCGAUGAGGAUGAUGUCCUUUCGUGACCUCGAAGUGAACGUAUGCGCCCUCGUCGUGAGCAUGUACGAAUACGCGACUUGGUCUCACGAUUCUCGAGUCUCGUUUCUGUGGAGCCGUUGGUGGCAGCAUUUAUGUAUUCUUGUCGCCUUUCUAACGAACGGGAAGGCAAAUAACAGGCGGCAAUCGGCUUACGAAAUUCCAUAGGGAAUGAGAAAGAGAAAGGGGGCAGCAGUAUCAUGGAUGAGAGGUGCUGACACCGUGAGUGCCUGUACGUAUUCCUAUGUCAUUCGCGGAUGCCCAGGUAAAGAGAGCAACGGAAGGGGAAG